UGUCGCUUACAUACAAAUAGAAAGGUGUUACUUCUUUAUACUAGUUUACUGUAAAAGGGUUGCUGUUAAAUAUACUUUUCCAACUGUGAAACUUUAAACAUGGAAGAAGAAUUUGAGAGUUUUCAAAAAAGGGCCGGUACAACGGAUAAAGGUAAAGAUUAUGUGGAUGUGGCUCUCGCCAGUGUCGUACUACAACUAAUCAACGAACCAAUAAAUAACUUCCAAAUUUCAUCAAACGACGAAGUCUUUGGGACAUUCAGCGACCUGAUCAUUAAACGGAAAUUAGCUACAGAAAACGAAGUACGGGUAACAGCGUUGAAGUUGAACCAUGCCGAAAACAGAGAUCUGUCCACAGAUAAUUUCAAAAAAGGAAACUUCAGCAUUACAAAUUAUUUCAGAAGUUUCCAAAAAACAAAUAAACACGCAGACGAAUUCAUACUGUUUACCAACCGACGAUUUACGUGUGACGACAACACAACAUUUCAACUGGAUGAAGAAGAAUUUUCUGUUAAACCUGUUAAAGUAAAAGCUAUUUUCGAAUUUUCGGAGAAAAUAGACUAUGCGUAUCAGUUUCAAAUAGUAGAAGAAGAUUAUAAUGUAGAAACGCUUCUCAAAAUUCGAGAAUAUCAAGAUUUUUUUAGUAAAUUUUAUAUUCACACUGAUCAAGAAAAUGUUGAAAAUAUGAAAAAAACAGCAGCUGAAAAAUUCACCAAAACGUAUUCGUCAAGUGAGGAAGUAUUCGAAAAAUUCCUCACAAGAGUAUCUGAGUGGAACUUCCAAGAAGAGAACAAAGAAAAGUUAAACAAAAAGUGGAUGGAACGGCUGAUUGCUUUGCUUCUUCUAUCUUCCAACCUCAAACCUUUAUCUUCCGGUCCAGUUAAUGAGAAAUUCGUUAAUGAGAGAGUGGCGAUACUUCAAGAAGCCAUUUCCAUUUUCCAUAUUACACUAUUUGAAAAAAAGUCGUAUGAAAAGCUUAAAUACAUGUGGGAUGAAAUGAGAAAAGAAAAUAAGUUUGACAUUGGAGACUUAAACAAAGUGAGAGAAAGGUACCUUCCUACAGUCAAAUGUUUUGAUAAUGCCAAUUUUAACGAAACGGAUCCAAGAAUAUUGAUGCAACUGUUGUGGUUAAUGGACAAAUGUCCACUAAUAAUACACGAAAACGAAAACGUCGAAAAAGCCAUCCAACUCUGUCCCGAUAAAAAGUUUAUCUUGAUUGGCGAAGGCAAGAAACAGGCCUGGAUGGAAGAAAACUAUUCCGUGUUCCAAAAUCUGUCAAAUUUGAAUUCGAAGCCAGACUUGCGCGAAAAAAUCAUGCAAAAAUUUACCGUAUCGAUUCAAGGAAAAAAAGAACGUGAUCUUGUCGAAACUUUUGGCAGUAAUGAAGAAUUGUUAGGCAGAGUUACGACGGAUAAUUUGUUGGAAAUGUUAGACGGUCCAUAUCGUGUAUGUGGAGCAAAAGAAACACUUCCUGAACCCUAUAUCGAACGCUGUAUCUCGCGAAAUGUUGUAAAUACCACAUAUCUAGAAAAAGUGCACGAAAACACAAUUAUUGUUUUAAAUUGCGCCAGUAAUUUUGAUAAGGUUAAAGACAAACUCAGCAAACACAAAUGUAUUGACAUCAAUAACGUUUUACAAGAAAAAAAAGACAAUGUCGAAAAUCGAAAAAAUAGUGAAUCUAAUUUUGAUAGACACAAAAAUAACUUAUAUGCUAAUACAAUCUACGUAGGUUAUAAGCACUAUAGUGACGAUGAACUUCAUCAAAUUUACGACAAACAUACAGAAACUAAAUCAAUUCAUUAUUUUAAAAUUUUGGAAGACGGGAAUUUAGAAUGGAUUCAAAGCAAAGGGGAUGUAAGUGAUCUAAAGAAUUAUAACUUGUCUAAUACAUAUUUUACGAACGAGAACGAGUUGUGGUCUUUACGGUUAGAUAAAAACAUCAAACUAAUAACAGGUGAGGCGGGAAUGGGCAAAUCGGAAUUAAUGAAAAGUUUAAAAAAUAAAAGUCCGCCGGAAUACUGGACAGUUAUAAUUAAUCCCGACGAUGUUAACUUAUUUUUUCACAAUUCCGAUUUUUCUAAGCCAGCAGAUUAUCCAAAUUUAUUUAAAAAGUUUAUCACGAACGAAAAAUAUCGCUAUCUCGAUAAACUUGAACGAAUGGUUUUCGAAAAGUGUGUUAAGGAAAAUAACGUUAUUUACGUGUGGGACGCCCUCGAUGAAAUUGUAGCAGAACAUUUAGAAGUCGUGUCGGAAAUAAUCUUCAAUCUGUCAAAAAAACAAGUCAGUCAGUGGGUUACUAGCAGAUGCCAUUUACAAACAUAUUUAGAAAACAAAUUCAGUUUACUUUCACUCAGUAUAAAUCAGUUUAGCGAACAAGAACAACAAAAUUACAUUAGAAAACGCCUAACUAAUUUCGAUAUUUCCGCAGACAAAAUUGACUUCACGUUCGAAAAAAUCAAAUCAUCUUUUGCGGUUGUCAAAAACGUAAACAUUUUGGGAAUCCCGCUUCAAAUUUUCAUGCUCACCGAAUUGUUUCGUCAAAAUAACGAAAAAUAUUUUAAACUGACGGAAAAUACGCUUCUGUUGACCGACUUAUACGAGUAUUUUAUUCAAGAGAAGUUUAUUAGUUUUUACAGGGAUAAAAAGAAAGUCGAUUUUAAUAAUCCUUACCUAGAAAAUUUAGUUAAUAAAGAAAUAGAAACGAUUGUAGAUAGUUUGGAAAAGUUGACGUUGAAGAUAAUAUUUCCUCAAGAUAUUUUACGACAAAUAAAUAUUGAUUUCGAAAUCGAGUUGGCAAAAAUUAAAGAUGAAGAGGCUUGUCUGAGUCUUGUAGUGGGAUUCCAGAAUAAUGUGCCGCGUUUUGUUCACGGUUCAUUCGCGGAAUACUUAACGGCUAGCUACCUAUCAAGGAAUAUUCACAAUUUUAAAGACAAAAUAAUUUGGAACACCAUAUUUGACGCCAGGUGCGAUAACGUUCGUUUCUUUUUUGACAUGUUGUUAGCUAAAAACUCAAAAGCUCACAUCGCAGUUUUGUACAAAGAUUACGAAUCACUUAGAACUUACGACGAUGAAAUUUUAAAACGUAAAGAUGAGGGUGCUAGAAGCGUUCUACAUCUGCUUUCGUCAUGGGGGCAAAGACAUCCGCGCCUACAAGAAGCAGCUAUAAAUGAAAAUUUCGACAAAAAGCCCGAAAGCGAAGAAUAUUUUAAAACGGUAACAUUUUUGAAAGACAAGAACGAUAUUGGCGAACUUGACAAAUUACUAAAUCUGACGCCUUUGCUUUAUGCCAGAAAAAGUGAGAGCUUAGGGGCUGAACUAAAAUUACUUCAAACAAACAAAACCGACUUGAAUAAAGCAUGCAAUAGCACAGACAUGAAAUAUAUUUUUUAUUAUUCGGCUUUAUAUGGCUACGAAGACGUAUGUCAAUUUUUAACAGUCGAACAUUUAAGUAAAUUUUGGAGCGAUUUGAAUUUUUCUACUUCACAAUUCGCAUUAACAUUCCUAAUACGGGCUUGUGAGCUAGGAAAAUUAUCCAUUGUUGAAUUUUUAGUAAAAUCUGGUGUCGAUAUCAAUCACGCUAACAAAAACGGCUUCACACCACUUCACACAGCUUCUCUAAAUGGCCACGAAGGGAUUGUCGACUAUUUAAAGAAAAACGGCGCCGAAAUCAAUCGCCCUAAUAGAAAUGGUGAGACACCAGUGUAUACAGCUUCCUUACGCGGUCACGAACAAGUUGUUAAGUCCUUAGCAACAUCCGGUGCCAAUAUCAAUCUUGCUGAUAAAAAUGGUUGGACACCGCUUCACGUAGCUUCACUAAACGGCCACGAAAAUAUUGUCCAAUACUUAGCGACAAAUCGCGCUGAAAUUAAUCGCGUUGACAAAGAGGGUUGGACACCACUUCACAUUGCUUCUUGCCACGGACAGUUAAAGGUUGUCAAAUACCUAACAACAAAAGACGCCGAAAUUAAUUGUCGCAAUAAAAACGGUCGGACACCACUUCACUUAGCUUCCGAAGACGGCCACGAUGAAGUUGUCAAACACUUGCACAAAUCCGGCGCCGAAAUCAACCGUAUUGACAAUUCCGGUUGGACACCACUUCACAUAGCUUCAUUCCGCGGCCACGAAAAAGUUGUCAAAUAUUUGGCUACAGUUGAUGACGAAAUCAAUCGCGCUCAAAUCGACGGUUUGACACCAAUUCAUUUAGCUUCGCUCCAAGGCCACGAAGGAGUUGUCAAACACUUGAAGACAAUCGGCGCCAAAGUCAAUGGCACUAAUGAAAACGGUGUGACGCCACUAUACGUGGCGUCACAAAACGGUCACGAAAAAGUUGUCGAAUACUUAACGACAGUCGGUGCCGGAGUCAAUCACGCUCUGAACAACGGGUCGACGCCACUUUACAUAGCUUCAUCAAACGGCCACGAGAAAGUUGUCAACUAUUUGGUAAAACACGGUGCCGAAAUCAAUCACGUUUGUAACGACAGUUUGACACCACUUCACAUAGCUUCACAGCACGGCCACGAAAAAGUCGUCGAAUCGUUAGUGAAAGCAGGCGCCGAAAUCAAUCGCCCCAAUAGUGAUGGUCGGACACCACUUUUCAUGGCUUCUUACAACGGCCACGAAAAAGUUGUCGAAUUGCUUGCCACAGCUGGCGCGGAAUUUAACUGCGUUAAUAAUGGUAGUUGGACACCACUUCACGUAGCUUCCCAAAACGGUCACAAAAAAGUUGUCGAAUACUUGAUAACAGUCCGUGCCCGAGUCAAUCACACUCUGAUAGACGGUUCGACACCACUUCACAUAGCUUCACUCCACGGGCACAAAGAAGUUGUCGUAGCAUUGGCGGCAGCCGGGGCCGAAAUCAAUCGCACUGAUAAUUAUGGUCGGACGGCACUUCACUUAGCUUAUCGAAACCGCCACAAAAGUGUUGUCACAUUCUUAUCACACAUCAGUGUCGAUGUGAAUCACACUGAUGAUGAAAACGGUGCGACACCACUUCAUUCAGCUUGCGUUACCGGCGAUCUAAAUGUUGUUAAAGACUUAGCGAAAUUCGCUGGAAAAGUCAACCAUCAUGCUAAUGACGGUUUCACACCACUUCAUGUAGCUUCUUUAAAUGGACACGAACAAGUUGUCAAAUUCUUGACGACAGUCGGCGCCCAAAUCAAUUGCGUUACGAAGGAAGGUUGGACACCACUUCAUUUAGCUUGUCAAAACGGCCACGAAAAAGUUGUCGAAUUCCUUACCACAGCGGGCGCCGAAGUCAACUGUGUUAGUAAUAAAGAUUGGACACCACUUCACGUGGCUUCCCAAAACGGUCACAAAAAAGUUGUUGAAUACUUGACGACAGUCAGUGACGGAGUCAAUCAUACUCUGAAAGACGGUUUGACACCACUUCACAUAGCUUCACUCCACGGACAUGAAGAAGCUGUCGUAGCAUUGGCGGCAGCCGGGGCCGAAAUCAAUCGCACUGACAAUUAUGGUCGGACGCCACUUCACUUAGCUUAUCGAAACGGCCACAAAAGUAUUGUCACAUUCUUAUCAAACAAAGGUGUCGAUGUCAAUCACACUGAUGAAAACGGUGAGACACUACUUCAUUCGGCUUGCGUCACCGGCGAUCUAAACGUUGUUAAACAGUUAGCGAAAUUCGAUGGAAAAGUCAACAAUCCUGCUAAUGACGGUUUCACACCGCUUCACGUAUCUUCUUUAAAUGGACACGAAGAAGUUGUCAAAUUCUUGAAGACAAUCGGCGCCCAAAUCAAUUGCGUUACGAAUGAAGGUUGGACACCACUUCAUUUAGCUUGUCAAAACGGCCACGAAAAAGUUGCCGAAUUCCUUGCCACAGAGGGCGCUGAAGUUAACUGCGUUAAUAAUGGUAGUUGGACACCACUUCACGUAGCUUCCCAAAACGGUCACAAAAAAGUUGUCGAAUACUUGACGACAGUCGGCGCCGGAGUCAAUCACGCUCUGAUAGACGGUUCGACACCACUUCACAUAGCUUCACUCCACGGGCAUGAAGAAGUUGUCGUAACAUUGGCGGCAGCCGGGGCCGAAAUCAAUCGCACUGAUAAUUAUGGUCGGAAACCACUUUACUUAGCUUAUCGAAACCGCCACAAAAGUGUUGUCACAUUCUUAUCACACAUCAGUGUGGAUGUCAAUCACACCGAUAAAAACGGUGCGACACCACUUCAUUCAGCUUGCUCCAUCGGUGUUCUAAAUCUUGUUAAACACUUAGUGAAAUUCGGUGCAAAAGUCAACCAUUGUACUAAUGGCGGUUACACACCACUUCACGUAGCUUCUUCAACUGGACACGAAGAUGUUGUCAAAUUCUUGAUGACAAUCGGCGCCCAUAUCAAUUGCGUUACGAAUAAAGGUUGGACACCACUUCAUUUAGCUUGUCAAAACGGCCACGAAAAAGUUGUCGAAUUCCUUGCCACAGAGGGCGCCGAAGUUAACUGCGUUACUAAUGAAGGUUGGACACCACUUCACGUAGCUUCCGAAAACGGUCACAAAAAAGUUGUUGAAUACUUGACGACAGUCAGUGUCGGAGUCAAUCAUGCUCUGAAAGACGGUUCGACACCACUUCACAUAGCUUCACUCCACGGGCAUGAAGAAGUUGUCGUAGCAUUGGCGGCAGCCGGGGCCGAAAUCAAUCGCACUGAUAAUUAUGGUCGGACGCCACUUUACUUAGCUUAUCAAAACCGCCACAAAAGUGUUGUCACAUUCUUAUCACACAUCAGUGUGGAUGUCAAUCACACCGAUAAAAAAGGUGCGACACCACUUCAUUCAGCUUGCGCUACCGGCAAUCUAAAUGUUGUUAAACACUUCGCGAAAUUCGGUGGAAAAGUCAACCAUCCUGCUAAUGAUGGUUUCACACCACUUCACGUAGCUUCUGCAAAUGGACACGAAGAAAUUGUCAAAUUCUUGACGACAGUCGGCGCCCAAAUCAAUCGCGUUACUAAUGAAGGUUGGACACCACUUCACGUAGCUUUCGAAAACGGUCACAAAAAAGUUGUUGAAUACUUGACAACAGUCAGUGUCGGAGUCAAUCAUACUCUGAAAGACGGUUCGACGCCACUUCACUUAGCUUAUAGAAACCGCCACAAAAGUCUUGUCACAUUCUUAUCUCACAGCAGUGUCAAUAUCAAUCACACUGAUGACAACGGUGGGACACCACUUCAUUCGGCUUGCGUCACCGGCGAUCUAAACAUUGUUAAAGAGUUAACGGAAUCCAAUGGAAAAGUCAACCAUCCUGCUAAUGAUGGUUACACACCACUUCACGUAGCUUCUUUAAAUGGACACGAAGAAGUUGUCAAAUUCUUGAUGACAGUCGGCGCCCAAAUCAAUUGCCUUACGAAUGAAGGUUGGACACCACUUCAUUUAGCUUGUCAAAACGGCCACGAAAAAGUUGUCGAAUUCCUUGCCAAAGCUGGCGCCGAUGUUAAUUGCGUUAAUAAUGAUAGUUGGACACCAGUUCACGUAGCUUCCCAAAACGGUCACGAAAAAGUUGUCGAAUACUUGGCGACAGUCGGUGCCGGAGUCAAUGACACUCUGGUAGACGGUUCGACACCACUUCACAUAGCUUCACUCCACGGGCAUGAGGAAGUUGUCGUAGCAUUGGCGGCAGCCGGGGCCGAAAUUAAUCGUACUGAUAAUUAUAGUCGGACGGCACUUCACUUAGCUUAUCGAAACAGCCACAAAAGUGUUGUCACAUUCUUAUCACACAUCAGUGUUGAUGUCAAUCACACUGAUAAAAACGGUGGGACACCACUUCAUUCAGCUUGCGUCACCGGCGAUCUAAAUGUUGUUAAAUACUUUGCGAAAUUCACUGGGAAAGUCAACCAUCGUGCCAAUGACGGUUUCACACCACUUCACGUAGCUUCGUGUAAUGGACACGAAGAAGUUGUCAAAUUAUUGACGACAGUCGGCGCCGAAAUCAAUUGCGUUACUAAUGAAGGUUGGACACCACUUCAUUUAGCUUGUCAAAGCGGCCACGAAAAAGUUGUAGAAUAUUUGGUGACAUUCGGUGCGGAAGUCAAUCGUGUUCAAAAUAACGGUUUCACACCACUUCAAAUAGCUUCGUCCCUACGCCACGAAAAAGUUGUCAAAUAUUUAAAGAGUAUAAGUUCUCGAAAAAUGUAGUGUAGUACGCAAGUUUCUUAUUUUGUUAAAUCAUGUCGUUACCGUUAUUCUUAGGUAAUAGCAGUAAUAGUGUAAGAAAAAAAAAGGCUCCUGAGGGGGAAUCGAACACACCACCGCUUCCGCAUUGCAGGUCCUAGGCCGUCUAAUUUAGCCAGUCACCACUUAGACCACGCAUGUCAAUCCGAGAAAAAUUCAACUGGGAAAACCCUUUUUUACAUUACUUUAUCACCUUUGCUUUGUCCUAUAGCUACAAAAAAAGUCAAAAUUUACUCGUGAUAUAAUUCCUCAAAAGAAAUUGCUGUAGUACAUUAGAACACUCUCUUGCAAAUAUAACUGAGUUAAAAAUUAAAUUGUUAACCAUUGACGAUAUCAAAUAUAUAAGGCUUUCUGAAAAAAUAAAAACAAAAUUGUGUUUUCUCCAUUAUUAACGUAAAUAAACAAAACCCGAUGGAUGGUACCGUCCAGUAUUUUCCAAUAAUUGUGCGAACUGAUUUUACUAAAACAGAGAACACCACGAUGAAGAAAAAGUUUUAUAUUGUGGAACAAAACUGAAAAAUAAUCUUGCAGAAUCGCUUUUCCACGGACAUCUAAAAUCGCCAAUCUUAAAGAAAAGGCACAGUAUAUGUGCUAAAUUAUAUGUUUAAUCCUACUACUAAAUAUAACCCAAAUGAAGCCGAAUAAAAAGAUAAAGCUUUCUGUGCAACUUAUAUGGUGUAAUAGAGAAUCAUUGACAACCCACUUCUAAAUAUCAAGACAUCAAGAGUAAUUAAUAGCUCAUGAUUCGAUAGAAUGGUGUAAUAAAUAUGGUUUCAUUGGAAGAAACCCGCAGAGUGCCCAAAAUGACACAUUAUUGUGACCUUAAGUUAUUUUGCUGUUGACUUCCUGCGACAUUGGCAGACUAACUACCUACCUAAAAUAGGCCAAAUCCUAGUAACUUGCCUUAGAAAACUAUAUUUGUUCAAAAAGUUCGAGACCUCCAGCCCACAUCAACACAACUUCCAACGAAAAUCAUUGUCUGCGCUGGUUAUCAUGCUUCUGACUUCCUCGGACGUUUUUUCAGUGGCAAAUGGCAAAUAUUACCAAAAUAUGCCAAGCACUCAGCAGUUCUAGCAAUGGAAGAUGACGAUCUCUAGGAAAACAACCUACGGAUUAUUUGUUAGACUUAAUUCAGACUGUUCUGAACUUACUAAAUUGUCAAGGUGUGUUUAUGUAUCACCUGAUAUUGAUAAUCUUAAUUACGGUUAGAAUGUAGAAAAUUCUAGUUGUACAGUGUGUAUUUUGUGUCGGAUAUUGUCAGCCUAAUUGAUUUUUCUAUGUAAAGAAUGAAUUUGCCGAUGAAACGACUGCCGCAGUCUGAUCUUUUACUUUGUUUUGAGUCAGAUAUUGCUUAACUUCAAAAUUUUGCCUAAAAUUUUAAUUACUAUCUAGGUUUUGAAGUGGGCGCUCGGUGAAUUCAUUUUGGGAGUUGUAUUGUUUUUGUAAUUUUUCUUCUUAUUGAUAAUUAUAUCUGAUAUAUAUUUCUGUUAAUCCAUACUUUUCAGUAGAUUCAGCCAGUGGGAAUUUUUAAAUUUUCCCGUCUAAUUAAGAAAAUACCUUGUCGACUUUGGUAUUUGUGGUGAUAGAGAUAGUGACAUUUGUCCUUUUAUGUUUAUUUUCAUAACUUUUUCAUUCGCUGUAAGCAGUAAUUGGAACAAUUACUGUGCGAAAAUAAUUCAUUAAAAUUACUCAUUACUCAGUAAAAGUAGUAAUGCAUUACAAUUACAAAUUACUUUUUUUAAACUCGCUUUAAAUUUUGACUCCCUACUGGAUUAAUCUUCUCUUUGUGGGGACGAACCAGGUAUAAUAAUCUCAACAGAUCAGGUAAACGAUUCGUAAAGUAACUGCUAAAGUAAUUGAAUUUCUCACAAAAAGUAAUUCACUGCAAUUGCUCAUUACUUUCAAAGUAACUGAGUUACAGUACUAGAUUAGGUGUAAUUCAAUUCCUUCCGACCACUGCAAAUGUGUUACAAAUAGAUGUCAAGUUGUCAUAAAAAAAAAACAGCAAAUUGGUUAAAAAAUAUAUUCAAAUGAAUAAUUCGCGGAGCGGCCUGUGAGAAUAUGUAUUUUGGGUUGCAUAAACACGAUAAAUAGUGGAUUCAAAUUCAAAGAGUGUAGUUUUAGUCAAGUAGAAAUGCAGUAAUUUUGGUAAAAAAUGUUACGAAAUUAUUGUAACGCUCCAAUCUUAGCAUUAAAAGUACAUAAUACAUUUCCAGAAUGUCUUAAAAUGUAUAGGAUGGUCUAGUUUAUAAUAAUAACAAUAAUAAUAAUAUUAUA